AAACAUUUUAAAUUAAAAUAAACAGAUUGAAAGUAAAAGAAUACAAAGAUACAACAUUCAAAUAGUAACAAAAAAGAGCCGAAGUGGCUGUACUAAUAUCAAAUGAAAUACACUUUAAAUUAAAGCAGGGCUGGGCAUGGUGGCUCAUGCCUGUAAUCCCAGCAUUUCGGGAGAUGGAGGCAGAGAGAUUGCUUGAUCCCAGAAGUUCGAGAUCAGCCUGGGCAACAUGGCAUAAUCCCAUCCCUACAAAAAAUACAAAAAUUAGGUGGACAUGGUGGUGCCCACCUGUGGUCCCAGCUAUGUGGGAGGCUGAGGUGGUAGAAUCACGUGAGCCGGGGAGGUUGAGGCUGCAGUAAGCAAGAGCCGGGGAGGUUGAGGCUGCAGUAAGCCAAGACCAGGCCCCUGCACUCCAACCUGGGCAAUAGAGUGAGACCCUGUCUCAAAAUAAAAAAUAUAAAAAGAGGGUUGAGAGACAAACCUUCUUGUUUGGGAUUUGCUUCUCAUGUAGUACCUUCUCUGAACACCAGAUGGCAUGAGAUCAUUGGUCAUAUCUGGGCCACUGUAUCAGAAAAAUUGUCAUUCAAGAGCAAAUGUGAACCUUUCGAAGACGCAGACACCCAUUCUGUAACACACCGUCACUCGUUGAGUUUUGGUAGCUUGCGGAUGUCCUGCAGGAAGAAGGUGAUUGAUGUGGCUGCAGGCUCCACCCACUGCCUGGCUCUGACUGAGGACAGCGAGGUCCACAGCUGGAGGAGCAACGACCAGUGCCAGCACUUUGACACCUUGCGCGUGACCAAGCCAGAACCUGCAGCAUUGCCAGGACUGGAUGCCAAACACAUAGUGGGAAUUACCUGUGGGCCUGCCCAGGUACUGAAUAUAGAGGUUGAUUUGGUAUUUUGGAGGAUUUUGGAUUCCAGUUGUUCAUUAUCAGUAUAUAGGAAAUACCACUGAGUUUUGUUUGUUGUUCUUGUGUCCUGCAGUUGUGCUAAACUCAUUUAUUAUGAGCUUCAUUGUAGUUUCCUUGGGUUUUCUUCAUGGACAAUUAAAUGCUAUCUGUAUAGAGGGGCAGU